GUCGUAAAACGAUAGCUCGAUGAAUCGCUCUCGAUUCCUCUGAUAUGGCAGCACUUCCUUUGAUUUCUGCACCGCACAACACUGUCUCGCCCACGCUAAACAACAUACAAAUUGCGCUCAUUUUAUUAACAUUUGCAGUGUUUUUGCCAAAGUAAUGUUCCAAGAACACGAUGAUAGUUUGUCGCCGCCGUAUGUAAAGUUCUUUGAGAGCCUGCUGGUUGAGGAAUUGGUGCUGGAACCCAACUACCUGAAGCUACACUACGGUAAGUGCGCAGUUAUUGGACGCCUGACAGUUCUGUCGGGAACAUACCGGCUCGAAAACGUGCGUUUAAGGAGUUUGCCAGGGGAGUAUUCCUUGCCCAGCGGCAUUCUGUCCUUGCUUCUGCUGGGGCUAGACUUCGCAAAGGCCAACCAACUGAACCUGACGAGCGGCUGCUACUGCAUUGUGCGGGGUGAGGUGGUGCUGUGUAGUUUACAGGCCCCCAACAGCCCCACAUUGACGACGGGCGGUGUGGUCAACCUGCUUAAGGGCAUGACCGAUGACGAGGCUGCGCGCAAGCGGUACCUGGAAGAGCUGCAUCUUACCCACAUACCGGCCGUCGACGUGUGGUUCGCACAGCCCAUCGACCUAGUCGAGGAGCUUCUAGAUCGCAAAUUGCAGGUCAAAAAACUAAGUUUACAUGGCAACCACUCUUUGAGGCUGAACACACGGAUGGCGCGGCGCUCGAUCUGAGCUGCAAUUGGAAGGGCAUAAAGGA